AUGCAUAGACGUAAUAAUGAGACAUUCAAAAAUCCACUUCAUCAUAUUCGACCAGUUACAGUUGAUUUAAAUCGACGAUUAGAACGACAUACAGUUCAUAAUGUAACUGAAAAUGAACAUCGUCCAAAAACAAGUCAUUUCGAUGUAUCAAAAAAAUCUAUUACUGAUUUUCAAUCAAAUUCAACUUCAACAAAUUUUUCACUUGUUAAUGAUGAUGAUUAUGAUACUGAUUUAGAAGAUGAUAUGAAUCAAUAUCGUGAUCAUUCAUGUAUUGGUAUAUAUGAACAUGUUUGUAAACGUGAAAAAAUUGUACCUGUUGGACAAUAUAUACGACAUUAUAAAGAAGAAGAAUUAUCAAUGGAUUUUUAUGGUUUAGGACCAAAAGGUAUGCGAGCAUUUAUACCAAGUUUAACAAUGAAUCAACAUAUAACGAAACUUAGUUUAGUAAGUAAUGGUCUUGGUGAUGAAGGUACUAUUUAUCUAUCAUAUAUUCUUCGUGAUAAUACGGCAAUUGUUGAUGUUGAUCUUUCGUAUAAUUUUAUUGCUAUUGAUGGUGCAAGAGAAAUAUGUGAUAUGUUUAAAGAUAAUAUAACAAUUAAUCAUUUAAAACUUGAAGGAAAUUUAUUAGAUGAUGAAUGUGCUCGUCUAUUUGCUGAACUUAUUUCAAGUACUGGACGAUUAUAUACAUUAAAUUUAUCAAGAAAUAAAUUUGAAUCAGCAAGUGGUGUAUUUUUAGGUCCAGCUCUUGCUGAAAAUACAACAAUGGAAUCUCUUGAUCUUAGUUGGAAUUCAAUAAGCGGUAAAGGUGCUGUUGCUUUAGUAAAUGGAAUUCAGAAAAACAUUUUUCUUAAAACUUUAAAUUUGGCUCAUAAUGGUCUAGCAGGUGGUGAAUGUGGUCGCGCUUUGUUCCAAGCAUUUAAGGAGAAUACCACACUUAUUGAACUUGAUUUAAGUUAUAAUCGUUUAGCAACUGAACCUGCAACAUAUAUCGGUCGUGGUCUUGUUAAAAACGAAAGUCUACAAAAAAUACGUUUGACAGGAAAUCCACUUGAAUCUACUGGAUGUUACGCAAUUCUUAAACCAUUUACAGGAAAAAACAUAAUUCCAAAUAAACUUGAACUCAUUGAUUUAACAGAAAUCUUAGUAAAUCGUGAUUUUCAUGAGGUUUACGUACAAGUAACAAAUCGAUAUCCUGAAUUACAUGUCUUAAUUGGAUUAAGAGCACCACCACGUUUAUUAAGAGAUGAACAUCGUCUUUUACCCUCACCGAUGGAACGAUUACAGAUACUUUUUGAUCGACGACCUCAAUUUGACUUGGGAAAAUUUUUUAUGUUGGCUGCUGGUAAUAAUACAACUUCAAAUGAUCGUAUUACGGAUCGAAAUGUAUUGAAACAAGCAAUUCGAGAAAAACUCAAUGCUCAAUUUACUGAUACAGAUAUUGACGAAGUUUUAGAAGAAAUAUCUCAAUUGGAUCGCAAGCAAUUUAUAUUUACGUUUAAUAAUAAAUCAUCAAAGGCAAAUGUGUUACUAGCAUGGAAAUUUAAAACAUAA